AUGUCUGAAUCUGAUGUCAAAUUUGUUAUAGAUAGACUCUCAACGAAAAUACCAUUUGAUGAGCUUGCCUAUUCAUAUAUAUUAUAUUACGAAGGAAAGAUGGAGUUAUCUAGACUUCAUACAAAAAUCAAUAAAUAUCCACAGGAUAAUGGUAUAUUUCCUCUUUAUUUUUCGAAGAAGGAUAGCGAAUUUAUAGAUUUAGAAAACAAAAUAUUAUCAAAAUACGUCAAAAUUGAUCAAGAAUUUAUUGAACAACUAAAAUACGUCGAUUCAGAAACAUUUGAAAUCAACAACGGAGUUGUUUCUAUAAAAACAGAGUAUACUAUUGAUGAUUUACAGACAAUACGAUUACAUCGAGCAUUAUAUCGCAAUUUAUCAGAUGAUGAUUGGACGAAUUUAAUAAAAAAUGAAACAUUUUAUUCAUUAUUCCAUACAUUCAAGAUAUCUGAAAUUCCUGAGGGUGAAUUUAACGUAGAUAGCACGAGUUGGUUAAUUCUUUCAGAAAUGCCUCCAGAAGAGUUUAUACUUAUUUAUCUUUUCGCAUACGCUGGGAUACAUGAAAUAGAGAUCAAAAAACUUAUUAAACUCUUCACUUCAACGAGUUUUACGAUUUUAUUUGAUUCAGUUCCUUGUAUUAAGUUAAUUCCAGAUUUAGCACAUGUCAUAGAAAAUUCCUCACUAUUCUAUAUGAUUGGAACCAAAUUAUGUCUUCAUCCUCCAAUAAUUUGGAAAAAUAAUCAAACAGGAACUUACGAUAUUAAGCCAUACAGGCAUCCAGAGGGAAAUUUCAGGUAUAUAAAAUCACCAGCUAUCAAAAUUACAAGGAGAAUUGAAAACAAAAACAAAACAGACCAAAUUGAUUUUGAAAAACCGUUCAAAGAAUUUAGAAAUCAUACCAAUGGCACUCCAUUCAGAAUAUAUGAACUUUACGAAUACUCAUUACUGCAUUUUGCAAGUGAAAAUAUCCCUAUUACUCCAGAACUUAGAAAUAACUUACUAUCUAAAUGCUAUGCCGUAGUUACUGAAGUUCUAGAUGAUGAUAAACAGGAUAUUGUCCCAAGACUUAAAUUUAAUCAGCAUGAUUUUGAUAAAAUAUUAGAAAUUGAUCAAAACGAAGAGUUUAAUAAAAUUAUUAAUAAGAAAUUGCCUAAAGUUGCAGAUGAAUUGGCUGAUUUAGCCGAUUUCGACCAUAUCAAUGACCAAACAAAAUAUAGAUUCAACACUCCUUCGGAUUUAUAA